AAGAUGACUGAGCCGAAGGAUUCGAUGUCGACGGUGGCAGCGGAAGCGCCGGUGACGCUGGAGAGGCGGAUCCGGACUGACUUGGAGGAACACCUUUCAAAACCUUAUUUGGCGAGAGGAUUAGUGGCUCCCGACGUAUAUCAUCCUGAAGGCACCGAAGAGCGCAAGCAUCAUCAGCUCAGUGUUCUACAGCAACAUGUUGCCUUCUUCGACUUGGACGACAAUGGAAUCGUUUACCCUUGGGAAACUUAUACGGGUUCGAGACUUAUUGGCUUCAAUCCUGUUAUGUCACUGCUGAUUGCAAUCGUAGUUAAUGCAACUUUUAGCUACGCAACUCAACCAAGCUGGAUACCUUCUCUGUUUUUCCCCAUAUACAUACGCAACAUCCAUGCAAGCAAACAUGGCAGUGAUUCCGGAUCUUACGACAACGAGGGAAGAUUUGUGCCUGUGAACUUUGAGAAUAUAUUUAGCAAGUACGCACGGACGGAUCCCAACAGGCUCACUUUUGUGGAGCUGUGGAGGAUGACAGAAGGCCAAAGAGUUGCUUACGACUUCUUUGGAUGGAUUGCAGCGAAGCUCGAAUGGAUAGCUUUGUACCUGUUGGCGAGAGAUGAAGAGGGAUACCUGCCUCGGGAAGCCAUCAGGCGUUGCUUCGAUGGAAGCUUGUUCGAGUACUGCGCCAGCCAGCGAGAGGCGUGCGAGAAGGUGGAUUAG